AUGACGAUCAAGAUCGCGCUCGUACAGCUGCGGGUGGUUGGUUCGAAGGAGAAGAACCUUAAGAAUGCAAUCGAUCUUAUACGCAUCGCAAAGAAGGAAAAGGAGGCGAAUGUCGUCGUGCUACCGGAGUGUUUUAACGCACCGUACACGGCCGACUCGUUGCAGGACGUGGCCGAGGAGAUUCCGAGUGGUGAAACAUGUCGCGCACUGUCGAAUGCUGCCCGCGAUUUCGGUGUACACGUCGUUGGUGGUUCUAUCGUCGAAUCGUUUAGCGGACGGCUCUACAACACCUGUACCGUUUGGGGUCCGGAAGGUGAUCUUGUGGCAACAUAUCGGAAGGUGCAUCUGUGCGAUUCGAGCCUCAGCGGCAAGACGACGGUAGCAGAAACGAAACUUUUCACACCCGGUGACAAGUACGCCACGUUUACCGUUGGCGAAACGCGCAUCGGGCUGGGCAUUUGUUGGGAUAUGCGGUUCGCCGAGUUUGCCACUGCCUAUCGUUCGAUGGGCUGCGAUUUGCUGAUCUACCCCGCGGUCUGUGAUGUACCGACCGGGGAGCAGCACUGGGAGCUGCUGGCCAAGGCACGUGCGCUGGACAAUCAAACGUUUGUGGCAUUCUGUUCACCUGCGCGGGAUACACACGCCAAGCUUAUACCGUACGGCCAUUCGCUUGUGGUCGAUCCUUGGGGCCGCGUGAUCCAGCGGGCUACCGAGUUUCAAGAAAUCGUAGUGGCGGAUCUGGUGCUGAAGGAGCUGUCCGUCGUGCGCCAACGGAUACCGGUGUUCGACCAGAAGCGAACCGAUCUAUACGAGCUGAAGGUCGGCUGUUCUGUCUGA